CGGAGACCCCCUCAAAGCACUAGGCGGGACCCCGGAGUCGAGCUUCACCAAGCUCGUCGCCCAGUGUGGCAUCAUAUUCACCAUGGUAUCCAAUGAUGCCGUCCUCCAACAACUCAUCUCCUCAGCCACGGGGUCGGGCAUCUCCCUGCGCGACAAGAUCUUCGUGGACUGUUCGACCGUCCACCCGACCACGGUCGGUCUGACCGUCGCCCAGCUCAAGGAGAAAGAGGCGUCGUUCCUGGCGGCGCCCGUCUUCGGCGGCAACCCCAUCGCGGCCGACGGCAAGCUCGUCUUCGCCAUUGGAGGGCCGAAGCGAGCAUCCGAAGCUGUAAAGCCGUUGAUCCAGGACGUGAUGGGGCGGAAGGUCAUCGACUGUGGCGAGGAUGCUACGCGAGCCUCGCUGUUGAAGAUCGCUGGCAAUAUUGUCACCGUCAACAUGAUGGAAGCCGUCGGCGAAGCGCAGGUCUUCGCUGAACGUACGGGCCUGGGAACUGGGCCGAUGGAGGAGCUCAUCGGGGAAGCCUUUGGCCCCGUCGCUGGUGGAUAUUCUAAGAGGUUAACGACGGGCGUGUACGCGCCUCCGCUGGGCUCACGGCCUGGAUUUGGAGUGUCCUUGGCUAUCAAAGAUGCCAAACAUGCUUUGGCAAUGGCCGAGGAGAGCAAUGUUGAGCUCCCGGGCUUGAAAGUGGCUUGUGGCAACAUGGAGGCUGCCAGGGAGUAUGCGGGCGAAUGCUUAGAUAGCAGCUCCAUGUAUGGUGUUCUACGGCAGAAGGCGGGAUUGCCAUUCUGGAAUGAGAAGAGCAGACAAGGCAACUCGUCAUGACCGAACAAACUGCCCGUACAGUCACUCUGCAUGUACUAAGCCAAUCCCGGGGAUUCCGGCAUCAGGAUGUCUGCGAGUUUGUCAUUUGGAAAAGUCGAGAUACAAAUAAUCUCCAGCGCAGUU